CAAAAUGGCAGACGUCUGAAGUGCACAACAGAUUUUGGUACAUCUGUUUAGCUUAGUAUUUUUGUUACUUGUAGAUAUUGUCAUGUAAUUCUAAAACAAUGGUUAAAGUGUACAAGUGCCAUAAUUUCAAGUCUCAAAGUGUUGUUCCAGUUGACGGCGAACCAGUGGCAGUGUUUUCAUCAAAACAGAGAGUUUUUGUGGCAACACAACAAUGUGUUAUCGAGGUUUUUGUACUCGACGAACACGAUCCUUCUGGGUCAAAAUAUUUGAAGGCAAACUCGUUUUCGACGGAGGCACCGAUCGAGCAGCUAUUGUAUAACGAAACAGGUUGCUAUGUUGCAACAAUAGAAUGCAAGGUGUCCAGGAGGCAGACAUUUUAUUCAGUGAAAAUCUAUUUAAACUGGGAUGUGUGUACUGAAGACAGUCGUCCAAUAGCCCAUGUUCGUCUAGCUGGGGGAAAUCAGAGUAUAAAACCAUCUAACACUGAAUGCAUUUGGAUGGAUGUGAUUGACAUUCCAUGUAAACAAAAAGUUUCUUGCAUAUCAACAUGCAGCAGAACCGGUAACCUUGCUAUUGCUUCUGAAGAAGUGAUAUUCCUAUAUCAUCUAGUGGAAAAAACGGUGCCAAAUUCCGACAAUACCUUUUUGGAUGUUGUGCUAUUUCUUCAGCUAGACUGGAGCAUUUCUGUGAAUCAGGUCUCACUGUGUGAGGAUUUUGUAGGUGUUUUAUCAGAGAAAGAAAUCCAAGUCACACGGAUUUUGUAUUCGGAUAAACCCUAUGGACAGUUUGCAGUUGAUGAAGCUGAAACUAACCGACCAUCUAGAAGUAUCAGUACAGAGAGUUUUCGAAUAGCAAACAGGAAGACUUCAUCCUCAAUCAUUAACCCUUCUUUUUCACAUGAAAGAGAUUCAUCCGUUGUCAGUCAGUUUUCAAAUGUAGGAUCGCGAAGUUCAUCAACUCCAAGUCCUGCUCUUUCUAACUCUUCAAUCACAAAAUCUGUAGCGGAUUCUUUCAGUUGCAUUCUUGAUGAUGAAAACUUUGUUCAUUGGAAAUUUGAAGAGUCAGAUUUGCCUAGAAAUGAGCCUUCAGGUAAUAAGAGAAGACAACUCUUCCGUGAUAGCAAAACUGUUCAUCUGAAGGGGCUCCAAGAUUUGUUGUGUAGGGAUCUCCUAUUGGCUGACCCUCCAAAGGUCAAAGAUUUGAGAGCCAGCCUUGAAGGAGGUGGUCACGUGACCUUUGGGGAGGUGAAGGUUGAGACUGUUCUGUAUAAACGGUGGAACAUUCAGGAUAUCGAUGGCGGCUGGCGACACAUACAAAUUGUUCCCACAUAUGUGGCUAAAAAUGAGCGGUUCAGUGUUGGAGACAGAAUGGGGACAAUCCCUGUCCACUCCUCCAGCUUCAGCGACCUACUUGGCAUGUCCGUUUUGAUCAGUGGCGAUACCACAGGGUUCCUGCACAGUUUGUGGCCCCACAACUUUCUGUUGUCCGAGUACAAGUACACUAUGCCGGCCAAACAGAUUUGGGCAGAAGGAGAGCUGAUAUAUGUUCUGACAGACAAUGGACUAGAAAUUUAUACCUGUCGGGCAUCGGCUGCGGCUGUAUUCAGUAUGGAGGAUUAUGCCUCGCCUCUAAAAGUGUUUCCAUCUGUCAAACGGGAGGUGUGUCUGUGUGGUAUACACCCAUUUAUAGGCCCUAAGAAGGUGACCGUAUCAGAGAACCAUGUCAUUCUCCUCGCCAUGGUGGAUAGUGGUACCAAACAAGACGACUACCUUUGGAGUCUGUACGCCCUGAAGAAAUAUUCUCAUGGGGAGUUAUAUAAGGAAAUGAUAGCCUUUGGGUCACGCUUUCAGCAGAAGAACCCGGACACCUACAUUAGCCUGUUGGAGGAAGGUCACAUGAUUCUCCGCAGCACCAUGGUAACGGGAAGCCCUGGUGACGGAUCACAAGAUUCAGAUUUACUCCAGGAGUCUGCCGCUCUGCUUGGAGAGUUCUAUUCAAUGCCGGGGAAUUCUCAGUGGCACUUAGGUUUACCAUACUACCUGAUGUCAGGUCUGAGUUUGGCCUAUGUAGUGAGACAAGCCCUCCAGUAUAAACAGCACACCAAAAGUACUUUAGCAUACUGUUAUGGACAAGGAUUUCUGCACUACCUAAACUACGUCCUCUUCCAAGACGACGAACCAUUUCAACUGAAAGAGGAGGAGGGUGACAAGGUGCUGGAAGUCUGCGCUGAAGCAAUGCCCGACAAGCUAUCACGAAUAAUCCUGUUCUCUCGUCUUCAGACAUAUACUCAAGAGAAGACCCUCAAUCUACUAAAACAUGCCUUACAACAGAAAUACAAACCAGACGAAGCUAGAAGUGGUACCGAUAUGUUGGCACUUUCCUUGCUUCAACUGAAAUCAUGUGACCCAGAGUCGGCCCGUCUAGCACUGGCAGCUGUCAGUCAGAUGGAGCUACAGCAGUUUUGUGUCAACCACCACCAGUUGUUACAUGAGGACUUUCAACAAUUAUCUCCCCUUUCUCAGCUGAUGCGUAGACACUGCCCAGAGGUCCUAAUCCAGUGUCUCAUAGCACUACAUGACAUUGGUACUAUUCCUCUGGAUCUUGCCAUCAAACUUUUACAGGGACCCAGUGGAUAUGAUGAAAUCCAUCAGAAUGCACAUCUCAAGGAAUACCUAGAGCUACUCAUCAACGACGAACAAAGAAAGUAUGUGUUUGAAGAUGCAGUGGUCUUACUCUGUGAGAUCUACAUGAAAUGCCUGGUCCAGUGGCGACCUCCUACGGCCUCUCUACCGGUCAGUCUGGGCAGCUCGGCCAUCGGACACCUGCCCAGAGGUGAUGGUCACUUUGGCCAACGCUAUGCCUGGCUUGACCACAUACCUCCCCUCCAGGGUCCUAAGUCUACUAGACAACCCUGUCAGUACAUCAUGACAACUAACCCCGCCUCCGCACGUCGAUCUGGGGGUACGCCCUGUACACAGGUCAAGGCCAAUGUGUUGUGUUCCUGCUUCAGAUGUCGCGAGGACCUGCUCAAAUUACAGUCUAUUCUGUGCUCCCCCUUCACGACCUUGACCUUAGUUGAGAAGGUCGUGACCUUGCUGGAGGAGGGGAUACAGGGCUAUGAAUCACUGUGGAUCCUGUGUAUGCUGAAGAAGGACCCAGAAAGGGCCACUGAAGUUGUGAUGGAAAAGUACCCAUCCAUACUGGCUGACUAUAGCAUCUCUAUAAUGCAGAGAGACUUUCCUAAGUGGAAAGUGUUUCUGAACAUUCUGAUGGACAAACUACAGCUACAGGUGGAAAACCCUGACCACAGAGAACUGAUAUACUUAGAAGGCUUGAAAGGUGUGUUCUCCUGGUUGGCGAAUGUUAUGGAUCCCGAAGAUUUCCUGAAUUUGUUGCCUGGCAACGGAAAUGCCAUGUUUUUUCUACCUUACAUAGGCACUUGUUACAAGAAACAGCAAUCUCGCAAGCUGCUGUCCAAUAUUGUUACCAAGGGAGAGAACCUAAAAAAGUUGGCAUCAUAAAAAAGGGAAAACUUCUAAUCAUUAAUACCAGUACUUUGCCUUAUAUUAAUAUCGGCCUGUUUCAUUUCUCUUUCAUGAUGUGACUUUUUGAUGGUAAGAAAUAUUAAUACAUGGUGCUAAAAACUUUAAUGAAUCACAAAAUUAGAUAUCUAUUUGUGUACAUAAUCUGCAAAAAGUGAUACACAAAACAGUGAUAUCGAUUAAGUAUGCAUCAUAGUAGGGGCCAAAAGUGUUAAAUUGAAGUUCAGGAAGAACAAAAUUGGCCAAAAUGAAUGAUUCAUUGUAGAAGGGAAAGUGCAAUAGUUCAAUAAUUUUAUCAAUUUUGUAUUUUUUCAUAAUUUACAUUUUACAAUCUUCUGACAUCAGAUUAGCUACUUUACAUGAAGAGAGAUUUCCUUUCAUAAUUAGCUUACUGCUUACAACAAAUUAGCAACUUUACACAAAAAGAAAGAUUUUCUUUGCAUAGUUAGCCUACUUCUGACAUCAGAUUAGCAACUGUACAUGAAGAAAAACUUUUCUUUGCAUAAUAAGCUUACUGCUUGCAACAAAUUAGCAAUGUUUCAUGAAAAAAAAAGAUUUUCUUUGCAUAAUUAGCUUACUUUUGACAUCAAAUUAGCAACUUUAAUAUACUUGAAGAAAGAUUUCUUUGCAUAAUUAGCCUACUUCUGGCAUCAAAUUAGCAAAUUUACAUGAAGAAAGAUUCUCAUAAUUAGCCUACACAUCAACCAUCAAAGGAAGUGACUAUGGUCUAACAGUCUAACUGAAGUAGAAGCAAACUCACUUUGGGGGGUGACAUCUACCGUGCAUGUGUAGAGAAAAGGGGAUGAGGUGGCCGAGUGGUUAAGGUGUCCCGACACUUUAUCACUAGCCCUCCACCUCUGGGUUGCAAGCUCGAAACCCACAUGGGGCAGUUGCCUAGUACUGACCGUAGGCCGGUGGUUUUUCUCCAGGUACUCCAGUAUCCUCCACCUCCAAAACCUGGCACGUCCUUAAAUGACCCUGGCUGUUAAUAGGACGUUAAACAAAAUAAACAAAACUAAAUCAAGUGUAGAGAAACAAGAAGUAAAGAUGCACAUCAUGGGAGGAAAUAAAUGACUUGAAAAUAAGGGAGAUUUUGUCUCACGCCGGGAGGUAUGGCAUGUAUGCACAUGUCUUCUUGUUUUUGUCUCAGCUACUGAUUCACUUUAGUACAACUACAACAUCUAGACUUCAUUUACACAUGCCUGACCAUUUGGAAACACUUAAUAUGAGUGGAUACUGUUAUAUAUAGACAAGUGCUGCACAACACUGCCAAAUCUAAACAAAAUGCUUCAUUAAAACAGAUUAUAUAUGUAUGAAGAAUUCUAGUCUGUGAUAUUAGUACAUGUACAUGUGUAUGAUCAAUGUUUGAGCACUUGGUGCACAAGUUUUACAUGUACGAGUGUCCAUACCAAGUACAUGUGAUUACAACAUUUAUAUAUGUUAUGUUAUCUACAUUAAAUAUUUCUUAUAAGAAA